CAGGAAUGUCUUGGCAGACGUAUAGCCGACGACACCCUAUCCACCGCCAUAAAGCGCCCUCGGUCGAUUCCCAGCGUGUAUCUCCAUAUACGGUCGCCUUCUUCCUUGUGCCAGCAUUAGAGGUGGGAAAUGGAAAUUGUAGUUUUACCGGAGACCGCCGGAGAGGAGAGGCCUCUGUCUGAUGCGUGGGACUCCAAGGGCCGGCCCGCCAUCAAGUCCCGAACCGGCGGCUGGGUUUGCGCCGCCACCAGCUUAGUGGUGGAGAUGGGCGAGAGGCUGGCGACGCUGAGCAUCGCGGUGAACCUGGGGCCGUACCUGAGGGGCACCAUGCAUCUAGGCGGUGCCGACUCCGCGAACAUUAUCACCAAUUUCUUGGGCACGUCCUUCAUUCUAUGCCUCUUCGGUGGCUUCAUCGCCGACACCUUCCUUGGGCGGUACCUCACCAUUGCCGUCUUCACUGCUGUUCAAGCGUGUGGGGUGAUCAUCUUAACCAUAUCGACGGUGGCGCCGGGGUUGAGGCCACCGGCGUGCGCUGGCCCGUCCUCCGGGGGUUGCGUGCCUGCGAAUGGUUUGCAGAUGGGAAUGCUCUACCUGGGACUCUUCACGACGGCUCUCGGAACAGGGGGGCUCAAGUCCAGCGUGUCAGGCUUCGGCUCCGACCAGUUCGACGAGAGCGAUAGAAUCGAAAAGAAGCAGAUGAUGAAGUUCUUCCGAUAUUUCUUCUUCUUCAUAAACGUCGGAUCAAUAUUGGCCGUCACCGUGAUGGUUUACAUCCAGGACCAUUUCGGCCGCCGGUGGGGGUACGGCAUCUGCGCGGUGGCCAUCAUAGCUGGUUUGGCCUUGUUCUUGUCCAAAACCAACAGGUACCGGUUCAAGAAGCUGGUGGGGAGCCCGUUGACGCAGUUCGCCGCCGUCGUGGCCUGCGCGUGGCGGAAGAGGCGCCUCGCCUUGCCAGAGGACCCGUCCAUCCUCUAUGACAUCGACACCGGCGUCGCCCGCAAAGGGAAGAGCAAGAAGGAGAAGGUACCCCACAGCCAACAGUUCCGCUUUUUGGACCGGGCGGCAAUCAUAGAGGGAGACGCGCCGACUGAACAGAGCAAGUGGCGGCUCUCCACCUUGACGGACGUGGAGGAGGUGAAGCAAGUGAUCCGAAUGCUCCCCACCUGGGCCACCACCAUCAUGUUUUGGACCGUCUAUGCCCAGAUGACCACCUUCUCGGUGUCGCAAGCCACCACCAUGGACCGCCACAUCGGUCCCUCCUUCGAGAUCCCUGCCGGCUCCCUUACCGUCUUCUUCGUCGGCUCCAUCCUUGUUACCGUCCCCUUCUACGACCGCAUCGUCGUCCCUGUCACCAGACGAAUAACCGGGAACCCCCAAGGUCUUUCAUCGCUCCAGCGCAUCGCCGUAGGCCUCGUCUUCUCCAUCUUAGGCAUGUGCGCUGCCUCACUCACCGAGCGCAAGCGCCUCAGCACCGCCUUGGCCAACCCAACCGCCGCCGUCGUCCCCCUGGUCGUCUUCUGGCUGAUCCCUCAGUUCUUCCUGGUCGGGGCAGGCGUGGCGUUCAUGUACAUCGGUCAGCUGGACUUCUUUCUGCGGGAGUGCCCCAAGGGGAUGAAGACGAUGAGCACCGGCCUGUUCCUAAGCACGCUCUCUCUGGGCUUCUUCCUGAGCACGGCGCUGGUCACCAUAGUCCACAAGGUGACGGGUUCCGGCGGAAAGGGUGCGUGGUUGACGGACGAUCUGAACAAAGGGAAGCUGUACAAUUUCUACUGGCUUCUGGUCGCUCUGAGCACUCUGAAUCUGGUGGCGUUCGUCGCGGCGUCAAGAGGCUACGUUUACAAGGAGACUAGAACGUCCGUCGACGACGCUCAGGGUGUGGAACUUGAGCAGCAGGCUUGAUGCCAUGCAUGA